GGCCAGAGGCGGCUGCAGGCGGGAGAUGCGGCCGCCAAACUGAAGGAGACCCCGCGUCGCCUCAGGUUCCUGUAACAGAAUCCUCUGGGUCAGUUCCUCCUCUGUGAAGUUGGACCAUGGUGAAUUUUUCUGAACUCUUUAAAGCCUCCAACCACUUGUGCAAAUUUUCCCCGGAUGGGAAAUACGUGGCUUCUGGGGUGCAGUACCGGUUGGUGAUCCGAGAUGUCAGCACUCUUCAAAUUCUGCAACUGUUUACCUGCCUGGAUCAAAUACAGCACAUUGAAUGGUCUUCCGAUUCUCUAUUUAUCUUUUGUGCCAUGUAUAAACGUGGCAUUGUCCAGGUCUGGUCCUUGGAACAGCCCGAGUGGCACUGCAAAAUCGACGAAGGCUCAGCCGGGCUGGUGGCCUCGUCCUGGAGUCCCGACGGGCGUCACAUUCUGAACACCACCGAGUUCCACCUUCGUAUCACCGUCUGGUCCCUGUGUACAAAAUCGGUCUCGUACAUCAAAUACCCCAAAGCUUGUCAGCAGGGCCUGGCUUUCACAAAAGAUGGGCGCUACCUGGCCCUGGUCGAGCGGAGGGACUGCAAAGAUUACGUGAGCCUCUUUGUCUGCAGCGACUGGCAGCUUUUAAGGCAUUUUGAAAUCGACACCCAGGACGCUGCGGGAAUCGACUGGGCCCCAAAUGGCUGCGUGUUGGCCGUGUGGGACAGCUGCCUUGAGUACAAAGUGCUGCUUUUCUCUCUCGAUGGCCGUCUCCUCUCGACCUACAGCGCUUAUGAAUGGUCGUUGGGCGUGAAAUCUCUCACUUGGAGCCCCAGCAGUCAGUUCUUGGCCAUCGGCAGCUACGAUGGGAAGGUACGGAUCUUAAACCACGUGACCUGGGCGAAGAUCGCUGAAUUCGACCAUCCGGUCAACGUUGCUGAUCCCAAAACGGUGGUCUACAAGGAAGUCGAGAAGACCCCAGCCGUGGACUUGGAGAAGUUGACUUUCCCCCCAAGCAAGAGAAUGGCCAACGCACUCUUCAGCCGAAAGACCAAAUAUGAAGUUGUCCAAGCCCCCGUUCCUUUGCACCACGUCAAACCUCCCACAGACAGGGCCAAUCCCAGGAUCGGCGUUGCGACGUUAGCUUUCAGUUCGGACAACAGUUUCCUGGCUACGAAAAACGACAACCUCCCGAACACCGUCUGGAUCUGGGACGUCCAGAAGAUGAAACUUUACGGGGUCCUGGAGCAUUUGGGCCCCGUUCAGGAUUUCCACUGGGACCCCAAACAACCUCGGCUCGCUCUGUGUACUGGCAACACGAAAGUGUAUCUCUGGUCGGCCGCGGGAUGCGCCUCCGUGCAAAUACCGAUGGAAGGUGACUUCAAGGUGACUUCGUUGUGCUGGCACCCCAGUGAAGACUCCCUGGUUCUUCUGAGCAAGGACAAUUUCUGCCUGUGUUACUUAGAAAGAGAAGAAGCUACGAAACAACUGGACCCAAAACGAAGCUAAGGGAACAAAACAAACCGCCCAUUGUUUUUAAAACUUCACGUCUCCAAAUUCAGGAGAAAAACGUAAGCAAUUCUCAGAUUUGCUCCCUCUUGUCUUGUUUUUUUUAGGCACACACACACGUAAUUUAAAUCUGUACCUAAAACUCAAAAACGGGCCAGAGACCUGGUUUUGAAUGUCCUUUCCAGGAAAGGUUGAAGCCGUCUGGCAAGCGCACCAACAGUAGGAAACCCACGAAGGAUGUAGAUUUUAUGGUGUGCGGCCUGCGCUGUUGUUUUCUCCAGUUUUCAAUAAACGUGUUUGCUAUGUAAA